GCCAUAGAGAAAGUUGGCAAUUAUUAUGAUAUUAUGUCUAUCCAAAAUAGAUUACUGUUUCGAAUACGUUUGAUAAAUCAAUCUUUGACAGAAACAUUCAGAGUGUCUUUUUUUAAACAGUUGACCGUUAUG